UUGACAGCACCAUACCCGGAGACAAACUCCCAUCGUGAAGUCUGGAGUGCAAUCUGCAGUCGGAGCUGGUUCUUGACAUCAAGUCUUUCUACAGAGAGCUCUGGCUUUCAGAUGUGUGACGCAUGUAAAGCUGCCGAUGGGCUUUUCUGUGCAGCAGCAGCAAGGCAUUCUGGGACAGUAUUGAAAGUUCAUCGUGCUGUACGCGGAUGGACAGACUGGUAGCUAGCUCGUUUUGGAAGAAUCCUAAAAGAUCAACGAAGAAAUUGUGCUGGUUCGCUGGAGAAAUGUCACGAGAUGAGGCAGAAAGAAAGUUGGAUGGGAAAGUACCAGGAACAUUCAUGAUCAGAAUGAGCGCGACUCAUAGGGAAGAAGGAAGUUUUGUGCUGUCACUGGUCAUGGCUGAUGAAACCACCGAACAUUUCCUCAUCGAGGGACAUCCAUCACAAGCAGUACAAUCCAAUCCUUUCAGUCUGUGUUUGACGUUCCAAGGUCACACAUUUUCUGGUUUACCAGAUUUAGUGAACGAAUACCUUGUACGUACAGAUAUAUCGGAUGGUGACCCCGACAAUGGGACAAGGUGUCAGAGAGUGUGCUCGGACCUUCCGUACAACGGGAUUCUGUCCAGUUACAAGAAAUAACUUAGUCAGACAGUGGUAUCAGCGCAUGAUCCCAGUCAGAUCUAAACACAGGAGCAUGCCUGGUCGUGAUAUGUUUUCUACAUGCAUAGGCGUUACCUGACAUGCGUUACAAUAUGUACAUUGUACUGUAUGUUAUGCAUAGAUUAAGCAGCUCCUUGUAAAUGGGGAAGAGAUUGCUACAUUGAAUUUCAAGCUAGAGACAUGAUAUUUAUUUUUUAUGCUGGACAGGCCUUUGGAAUGCUCUUGAAAUACAAUUAACAUUGGAGGUUGUGUACACUGUUGUUGGGCGCAAUUUGGUUAUGUGCCCCUAAGGGUAAUUCUUAAGGUAAUUAAUUCUUUGUGUACUGAAGCAACCCCUGUGAUUAUAUGACAUGUUUGUAAGAACAAAUGCAACUGGAAAUAAUACAAUCAAGUGAAAAUGAAGUCAAGGUCAAGGCAUAUAUAGGGUAGCUAGAGGCAGAGAAUUGGCUGUACUGCAUUUGAUAGCAUUAGGGAUCAGGAUGAAAGUACAUCGAUAUUGGUGGGGUUAGCUGUCACCUGAUUUGGUGAAUUCCAAAUGGUUCAUGAUGCAUAUUACUCGUGGGAAGUUCAGGAAAAAGUGAGUUU